UGGGGCUUUUAGAACUCUCAGCCAUUUGACACAGACUCUAGAUAUUAACAGUCUACAAGAGUGGAUGCCUCAAUGAGAAGGUCUCCAGGAGACAUUAUGGAGCUAACACAAGCUGACAGGCAGCAUUUAGACAAGAGCAAACAAGACACGGGUUCUUUAGGAAACACCGAUGACGGCCUGAAAUAUGAUAGUGGGCGCGUAGCCCAUGACUUCAGCUGCAUCCACAGCAAAGAACUGUUCCCUGCUGAGGAUGGAGAGGAAGCCACCAAGCACUUCCUGCAGGAGCUGGUGAACAUCUUGCUGGACUACAUCAAUAAAUCCCUCAAACGCAGCUCAAAAGUUCUAGAUUUCCACUAUCCUCACCAGCUUAAGGAAGGUCUGGAGGGAUUCAGCCUAGAGCUCCCUGACCAGCCAGAUAACCUAGAGCAGCUGCUGGUGGACUGCAGAGACACGCUUAAAUAUGGGGUUAAAACAGGUCACCCGAGAUUUUUCAACCAGCUGUCAACUGGACUUGACAUCAUUGGUCUUGCAGGAGAAUGGUUGACGUCCACAGCAAAUACAAACAUGUUCACUUAUGAAAUAUCCCCAGUCUUCAUACUCAUGGAGGAAGUAGUUCUGAGAAAAAUGCAUUCAAUUAUUGGAUGGCCAGAGGAAGAUGGAGAUGGAAUAUUUUGUCCUGGAGGCACCAUGUCCAAUCUGUACAGUGUGUUGUUGGCUAGGUUCCAUCUCUUUCCGGUGGUGAAGACCCAAGGGAUGUCUGCCAUACCUCGCCUGGCACUGUUCACCUCUGCGCACAGUCAUUAUUCAAUCAAGAAGUCUGCAGCAGUUCUCGGCAUCGGCUCUGAAAACGUUAUAGUCGUCAGAUGUGAUGAAAGGGGUAAGAUGAUCUCAUCAGAACUGAACUCCAGCAUCGAGACUGCAAAGUCUAAGGGUCUGGUGCCAUUCUAUGUCAACGCAACGGCAGGAACCACAGUCUACGGAGCCUUUGACCCUCUGAAUGAAAUUGCAGACAUCUGUGAACACCAUGGCCUAUGGAUGCAUGUGGAUGCUGCUUGGGGUGGAGGCUUGCUUCUGUCCAACAAACAUUGUGUGAAACUGCAAGGAAUUGAAAGAGCCCAUUCUGUGACCUGGAACCCACACAAGAUGAUGGGCGUCCCACUGCAAUGCUCAACCAUUCUAGUGAAGAGGAAGGGCCUCCUGCAGGAAUGUAAUCAGCUGUGUGCCGAGUACCUCUUCCAACCUGACAAGCACUAUGAUGUGUCCUACGACACUGGGGACAAAAGCAUUCAGUGUGGACGGCACGUAGACGUCUUCAAACUGUGGCUCAUGUGGAAGGCAAAGGGUUCUGAGGGUUUUGAAGCACAGAUCAACCACUGCCUGGAAAAUGCAGAGUAUCUUUACUACAAGCUGAAGAGAAGAACAGACUUUCAGUUGGUCUUCAAAGGAAAGCCUGAACACAGUAAUGUCUGCUUUUGGUAUCUCCCAAAACGACUGCAAAGCAUUCUUCCAAGCCCAGAGCGAGACAGAGAACUUCAUAUGGUGGCUCCGAAAAUCAAGACGAAGAUGAUGGAGGAAGGAUUCACAAUGAUUGGCUAUCAACCUCUGGAAGACAAAGUGAAUUUCUUCCGUUGUGUUUUCUCCAACCCAGCCACUCAGAGGGAGGACGUGGACUUUCUAAUAGAUGAAAUCGUUCGUCUGGGCUGUGAACUGUGAAAAUCUUUCUUAUAAUAAUCACAGGAUAAAUAUUUAUUUAUUUAUAGCCUUCUUUCUUCUUACAUCUGAAUCCAGUUACCAGUACAUAUACAUGGCAUUGUGA